CCGGAGGUCCUCCCCCGCCCCCCCGCUGGCCCUCCGCGAAAUAACAGGGGGCGAAUUCUCCUACCGGCCCCCUCUUUCAUUCUCCUUCCCUCUCCGAGCCUGACCGAGCCUUUUCCCCCCGCUCCUCGGUCCUCCCUGCCCCGCCAUGGACAGAGGGUCGCUGCUGACCGUGAGUCUGCUGUGCUGGAGCUGCGGUGCGGUCACCGCCAUCCGCCGGGCUGACCUCUUCCCCUUUGGGACCUCAAGCGGGGACUCUCUCCUGGCGGAAGGAGACGAUGAGACGUCCAAAGUGCUGAUCCUGCCAAAACCUUUUUACUUUUAUAACUCCCAGUUCUCCCUGUUAUACGUGGCCACCAACGGAAUCGUAUCAGCCCAGGACCUGCCGAUGGAAAAGCAGUACGUAGACGAUGGUUUCCCCACGGAUUUCCCUGUUGUGGCGCCGUUCCUGGCUGACAUCGACACCAGCGGCGGGCGGGGGCAGAUUUAUUACCGGGUGACGGAAACUCCCAGCGUGCUCAACAGACUAACAUGGGAGGUUUCUCGCGGGUUCCCCGAUGCCAAGUUUACCCCCACGCACGCCGUUGUUGCCACUUGGGAGAACGUCGCCGCGUACGAGGAGCCGUCGCGAAGCUCCGGGUCUUCAAACCGAGUCAAUACAUUCCAAGCAGUGAUCGCUUACGAUGAGACCGACUCCUACGUUCUCUUCCUGUACCCUGAAGAUGGUCUAAACUUCUUUGGGACGAGACCUAAGGAGUCGUAUAAUGUUGAGAUUGAGCUUCCAGCUAGAGUUGGAUUCAGCAGAGGAGAGGUGACGUAUUUUUUCUUCUCCCGAAGUGAAGGACCCUCUUACAGUGUAACCAGUGAUGAGCAGAGUGUUAAAAACCUCAACCGGGUUGGUAACACUGGGACUCCAGGUCUUUGGCUUUUCCACACUGGACACCGCUACUCCUUUGACAAUGUGAUCCCUGCGUCCGUUGGCGGACCCAUUGUCACUGCGCCCCCCAGAAGAUUUGUCCCGGACACCACAACUCCUGAGUAUGAAGUUAUAUACACCUUAGGCCCUGAAAUCCACGAAGAUGAUGAAUAUUCACUGACAGGCAGGGGUCCCGCUGCAAGUAAUCACUUCCAGUACCUCCAGCCUGGAAGUCCAGAGCCUUCCUAUUCUCCUCCAGAGGACUCAGGUCAUCAGGUUCUGCUGGGUUCUGAACCCAGGUAUGGACCAGAGCCAGCAGGGAGGCAAUACGCUCCUCCUGAACAGCCACAGAGAGUCUUGGAGGGAGGUGCUCGACAGGGCCAGGAGCAGAUACCACAGCUCCCCCUAGAGGUGGUAGAUUUGUACCCCCCUGAUAGAAAUACACCUGGCGGUUACGUGGUCAACGUGGAGGAAGACGACGUUCAUUUUGACACUAGAGUUAUUCAAUACACCACAGAUAAUAAAGAAACCUGUGCCAGAUUCCAACAGCAGUGCUCCCAGAAUGCAUUUUGCUCCGACUACGCCACAGGCUUUUGCUGCCACUGCCAACCUGGCUUCUAUGGAAACGGGCGUGACUGUCUCCCUGAAGGUGCCCCCCAGCGCGUCAGCGGUAAGGUGAGCGGAACUGUGAGCGUGCAGUCAACUCCAGUCACACUAAACAACAUCGAUCUUCAUGCCUACAUAGUGGUCGGAGAUGGGAGAGCUUACAGCGCCAUCAGUGAGGUACCUGAACCUCUGGGUUGGGCCCUGAUGCCAGUUUCACCAAUAGGGGAGCUCUUUGGAUGGCUGUUUGCUUUGGAGUUGCCCAAUAGCCAAGCAGGAUUCAAGAGCACAGGUGCCAAGUUCACUCGCCAUGCGGAGGUACAAUUUUACCCUGGGAACCACCGCCUGUCAAUUCUGCAGACAGGGCGGGGUCUGGACGAGCACAAUCUCCUCAACGUGGAUACUGUUGUCAGUGGCAACGUGCCAUUUAUCCCACCUGAAGCUGAAAUCACCGUGGAGCCCUUCAAGGAGACCUAUCAGUACUAUCCUUCUGUUGUGACUUCAACCUCUGCCAGAGAAAUUAAGGUGGUUUCAGCGAGUCGCGGGGCAGAGUCCUACUCCUUAAACCUGAAACAGAACAUCACUUAUCGUGAGUGUCGCCAUGACAACCGCGCCAGCAAUCCAGAGACCCUGCAGAUCACCAUGGAAAGGGUGUUUGUGAUGUACGACAAGGAUGAGCGGAUCCUGAGAUAUGCUGUCACCAACAAGAUCGGCCCAGUUGGAGCUGACCCUGUGGCGCCAGAACUGAUCAAUCCUUGCUACUCUGGAAACCACGACUGUGACACCACAGCCAUGUGCAUCCCUCAAGAGGACCAGAACUACGAGUGUCAGUGCGCCACUGGCUAUGGAGGGGACGGACGCAACUGUUACGACAUAGAUGAAUGCGCUGAGGGUGUGAGCUCGUGCGGCGAGCAUUCGGAGUGUCUGAACCUUCCUGGUAGCCAUCGCUGCCUUUGCAGCAGAGGCUUUGAGUUCGCCUACGACGGGCGGACCUGUGUCGAUAUCGAUGAGUGCAGCUCUUCUCCGUGUCACAUCAAUGCCAGAUGCAUCAACGAGCUGGGAUCCUUCCAGUGUCUGUGUCAGCCUGGAUUUACUGGAGAUGGCUUCUUCUGCUCCCAACAGGAAGAUCUUCCAGCGCGUCCUAAAACGCGAUGUGAACAUCACAGAGAGAGCGUGCAGAGGACCACAGAGGAGGGAGCCCCUUUACUUGGAGUCUAUGUACCACAAUGUGAUGAAAGUGGGAAGUAUUUACCUCAGCAGUGCCAUGACUCUACUGGAUACUGUUGGUGUGUGGACAGUACCGGACAGGAAAGAACCGGAACCAGGACGCCACCUGGUUCAGCGCUUGUAGACUGCAGCAGAACAGAUGAACAACCGCAUUAUAAGACUCGAUGCGAACGCCACAGAGAACAUGUGUUGGCCUCUGAGCGAGAGGACCGCCCCUCAGUCGGCGCCUAUGUACCACAGUGUGACCAAAACGGGGAGUAUGUACCUCAGCAGUGCCAUACUUCUACUGGAUACUGCUGGUGUGUGGACGGGAUGGGACAAGAACGAAGCGGAACCAGGUCCGCGCCUGGUUCACCGUCUAUGGACUGCAGCAAACCAGAUGAAGCCCUCCAGCCGAAGACUCCCUGCGAGCGGCUCAGAGAAAGUGUGCUGGCCAGCAGUGCAGGUGGAAGGCCCUUAGCUGGAGCGUACGCACCGCAGUGUGAUGAAGAUGGACACUAUGUACCACGUCAGUGUCACGGCUCCAGUGGAUACUGCUGGUGUGUGGACAGUAGUGGACAGGAGAGACCAGGAACCAGGACCUCACCUGGUGCACCGUCUGUAGAUUGCAGCAGAGCAGAAGAACCUGAAGCCCCUAAAACCGAAUGUGAGCUGCUCAGAGAGCGCGCCAUGGCUUCAAGUCCAGAAGCAGUCCCUGCAGCAGGACGGUUUGUCCCCCAGUGCGACGCAGAAGGCCGGUAUCUGUCCCAACAGUGCCACGGUUCUACCGGACACUGCUGGUGCGUUGACAGCAGGGGACAGGAGCGGCCGGGAACCAGGACUCCACCUGGAGUCGCACAAGUAGACUGUUAUCAAAGACCAGAGCCAGAGCCUCCAUACACUCGCCCUGAAAGCGUGUGUGAACGAUGGAGGGCCAGUUUGAUGGAGCACUACGGCGGCAAACCCCAGCCGCAGCAGUAUUUACCUCAGUGCCGGUCGGACGGAGAGUUCAGUCCGGUUCAGUGCUACGGGGAAACCACGUACUGCUGGUGUGUGGACCAGGACGGACGGGAGAUUGAUGGGACUCGAUCUCAUGAUGCGGUCAAGCCUGCAUGUCUCUCAUCAGUGGCCCCACCCACAGUUCUUCCAUUGCCCCGCCCAGAUGUGACUCCUCCUACAAAUGCUGAUGUGACGUUGCUUUACGCUCAGGGACAGAAAAUUGACGCCCUUCCUCUGAACGGGACCAAGCUUCAUGCGAACGGCUCCAAGACGCUGUUGACUCUACAUGGUUCUAUUGUUGUCGGCAUCGCCUACGACUGCAGAGAAAAUCAAGUUUAUUGGACAGACUUGUCUGCAAGAACAAUAAACAGAGCCUCAUUGGUCUCUGGAUCAGAGCCUGAGAUCCUCAUCAGCUCAAAUCUCGAGAGUCCGGAGGGUUUGGCCGUGGACGUCCAGCGUAGGUUGAUGUUUUGGGUCGACUCAUCGCCCGAUAACAUCGAAGUUGCCAACUUGGACGGCAGCGAGAGGCGGACCCUGUUUGACACGGAUUUGGUCAACCCUAGAGCCAUAAUAGUGGUUUCAUCCAAAGGGACUCUGUACUGGACAGACUGGAACCGAGAGGCUCCUAAGAUCGAGUGCUCGACGGUGAACGGCCAGAACCGCAGAGUGGUGGUGUCUGAUGGCGUCGGCCUACCCAACGCGCUCGCCUACGACCACGCGACUGAUCAGGUGUGCUGGGCCGAUGCAGGUACGAAGCGUUUAGAGUGCGUAUCUCCAAACGGCUCCGGCAGGAGAGUGAUCCACCGCAACCUGAACUACCCGUUCAGCAUGGUCUACUACAGAGACCACUUCUACUACACAGACUGGAGGAGGGAUGGCGUGAUUGCAGUGAACAGAGACAGCAACAAGUUGACGGAGGAGUAUCUACCUGACCAGCGCUCGCACCUGUACGGCAUUGCUGUAGCAACCAACCACUGUCUACAAGGGAGCCACUAACCACCAGCCUGCAGCUACGGGGAGGGCGGGGCUAUCGGCGCUUCAGUGGUGGAGGGGGCAAAACCCCCGGACAGAAGGCGGGAGACGGACGGAAGGACUUCCUGCGGUCCAGGAGAGCCGCUCCCCUCCAGUCCCUCUGAAGAUAUAACCCACAGUUCUGUACAUUUGUUUUAUACCUCAUUCCUAAAGUUUUUACUGUAUUUUUUUAUAUUUUGUAUCGAUUAAAAGCCACAAUCGCCUAAAGAUUGUAAACUCUGAGGCCAAACGUCACCGUGUCCACUGCCUGAACUCACCUCUGCACUAACUCCACCCCCUUUUUUUUUUUUAUUGGUUCCAAUUUCAAUAUCCCUUUUCUGCUGAUGAGAUAUUUAUAACAAUAAAAUGUGAUUUGAUACUUGA